CGCCUCGCCGUCUAACGAAAGUGAACAACUGGUGCACGGGUGACCUCUCGUAGAAAGCGGGACACUGAUGGCUGGGAAGGCUGCAUUACUCUCUGCAGUGCUUACAGACGGGAAGAGAAGGCCGCAACUACGUACGGGGCGAGGAUGACAUCUGACAUCGGUCUCCGACCCAUGAUCUACUCGAGCAUCAUACACCGCGUCGCAGAAUGUAUAUAAAGGCUGGCUGGUGCCCCGUUAACAGCCAGGCUUUCAGUUCUACAACACUUGACCUCUACCUACUCUUAAUUCACAUCCUACUCGUCGAUCCUUCAACCCACCCCUCAUCAGCAAUAAUGCAGCUCACCUUCGCCUCCACUUUCGCCGUUCUCCUCGCUGCGUGCUCAAGCGCGUUGGCCUCUCCCACUCCCAGGCAAUCUUGUUCGGAAGCUUCUCGUUACGGCGCCACGUCGUUGUCGAACUCGAACUUGGCUCCCGGUGAUGCAUUCACCCUGACCUGGACUGACGACUGUGGCGCCCAAUACAACAUUAUCCCCAAAUACGUCGAUUUCUCCAUCGUCCCCUCCAGUGGGGCUUCGGUGAUCAUCGGAAGGUACGACUACGAUGGAGGUGCAGAGGGUAUCUCCUUCGACACCACGCUCCCGGCCUACUACUACGAGAGCGGCGCCACUUUCAACGUGAAGACGACCCUCACCUACCCCAAUGCCGGACCCACCGGCGAACAGGUCCUCGUCCAGGGCGGCCUUUACACCCCUCUGACCAUCACGUCCUCGUCGUAAACGGCCGGUCUUCAGUGGGUUUAAGUACCUCUUAGGGCUUUUUUGGUUUAUCGAGGUGCAAGGAUUCAGAAGGAUUCGGGGCUGCGAGUCAAGGAUAAUCUAUUUCGGAAAAUUUUACACGGACUUUCAACUUCAUGGACUACGCAUAGUUUCUGACAAAGUACACUCGUUUGACUACUCUACUAUUUGAUGGUUUUUUCAUGAUGGGUU